UUCUACUCCAGUGUCAGGCCGGGGAAGGCCCUACACGGACCGAGCUGCUGCCUCUGCCUGUAUGCGGCAAACUUUUUUUUUUUUUUCCUUCGUCCAUCAGACCAUCACCGCCCCAGCGUUCUCUCGCUCGCUCGCUCUCGUGGGCCGUGGCGACGACUGGGCGGUCGUCGCCGCCGCCUAGGCCAGGUGCCCAGGUCUUCUCCGCCCCCUUCGCCGGCGAAGAGCACCACCUGAAUGAAGCAAUGGAAACUCAAAUAUUCAUUCCUCAAGACGCCCAAGGGAUUAUCCUUGCUUUUCUUCCUGGCAGGGAUGUUGUCAAGUCCCGCAGUGUAUGCAAGUUCUGGCGAGACUGUGUUGAAGAACCUAGUUUUGUGGACCGUCACCUGAAUAAUGCUUGCCGCUUCCACCAGUCCAUUGCUUGUUUCACCUCGCUUGAUCAUGGCCUAGUCCACAUGUACACAUUUGAUCCUGCCACAAUGAAUUUCAGAAGCGUGGAGCUUGUAUUCUCAAGUAGGUUUAACAUGUCAGGCCCCUGCAAUGGCUUGGUGUGUGCCUAUGAUAUAAAAGGCGAUGCUGAGGUCUUGAAUCCCACAACAAGGAAGCAUUUUAGGCUCCCAGAUUCAGUACUCAAGGUACAGUCUCUUUACUCUGAAUAUUUUGUUGGAUUUGUGCCCUCCACAAAAGAGUACAAGGUGGUCUCUAUCCGCCACCAUGUGCGGUUCUUGACAUUUGAAAUAUGCACUAUUGGUGCACUGUCGUGGAGGACAUGGAGGACGAUACAUGAAUCUGCAGAGCUCCUAAAGGCAACAAAGGCAGUUAUUGUUAAUGAUGGCAUGUAUUGGCUACUUCUUAAUGAGGCUUCCUCCCAUUUGUGUCGAGAAAUCCUGACGCUCAACCUGACAGAUGAGAGGUUCUCAAAAAUUCCCAUCCCAGAUGCUGUAAAAAACCAUAAUUUGGAACUGUUUGAAGGGGAAGGAAAGCUUCGUUUGUUGUCAACACAUUCUGAUGGAUCUAACAAUAUAGUGUCGGAUAUUUGGGUGGCAGACUUGACUCGUCAAGACUGGAUCCACUUGCAGACUAUCAUUCCUCGGAUGCCUGUGGGCAUAAGCCCAAUUUUCCAGCUCAAGACUAAAAUCUUCUUUGGCAACCAGAAGAGACUCCUCUGUGUAGAUCUUCAGGAUGGUACAGUUUCAUACAUCAACAUGCCUUCUGGUGAGACUUUGAUAUCUUGUGGCAUGUUUGUGGAGAGCUUUGCACCUGCUGUGACAGGUAUGGUGAGCUCGACCGCAUCAUCGUAUGGUAUCCGUUCUUGUCUGGCUGAACCAUCCUCAGCGGACCCUGGGCCAUCUUUCCGUGGCGCAGGAUCAUCCUCUGCAAGCCGUGGGCGAUCUUCUGGUCUCACUGGAUGGUCCACAGCUGACCUUGAGCAAUCCUUCAAGAGAACAAAGAGAACGACAAACAUGCAGUGGAAGAUAUCAAAACAUAGAGCAAGCUAGGAGCACCUGGCAUGAUCUAUGGAUUAUCCUCUAGGCUAUACAGCAGUUGGUUCCUUUUGCCCCAUACAAGCUGCCAUCUUUUGUGUAGAAGGUGCAAUGCUGUAUUUGCUCAUUGCUAUGGUACCAUUGAAAGCAGCCGACAAUGGGGCAUAGUAUACAAGAGGUAAUCAAUAAACAUCAAGAUCAAGUGACGUGGCUUUAACUAUAAUCUAAUGCCUUUGGGCAGUGGUCUACUCCUGCUUUGUGGGGUUUAUACAGUUGAAAAAUGUUGAGGUUGUUGUUUGCUUUGUACUUGUAUAAGUUGUAAACUGUAUCUGUAUGUAUGUGUUGCAUUUGUAAACAAACUGGACGAGUACAAGUGUUGCUUAUACAUGUAGGCCAUUCAAACUGAA